AUGAAAUCGGUGGAAGUGCAGCCCCGGGGCCUUGCCUGGACUCAAAGGACUUUUAAUGUUGAAUCCCAGUGGACAGUGGAACCGGAUCUUGGGGCCAUCAAGAAAACAAUACAGUCGCUACAGCCGUCAAGCACGGUCCAAGUGACCUUCCUCGCUGAGGGUGCCUCCAACAAACUCUACGACUUGGAAAUAAACAAGAAGGUUUUCAUUAUGCGAGUUUCGUUGCCCGUUGAUCCGUACUAUAAAACCAUGAGUGAAGUAUCGACAGUGGACUGGACAUCCCGCACCGCGAAUUCAUCACUGGUCAAUCUUCCCAUCGGAUUUGAAUGGAUCAUCAUGACCAAAAUGUCUGGGAAGCCCUUGAAGGAGAUAUGGCGCUCUCUAUCAUUUGCCUGCUAUUACCCUGCAUUCUUGAAGUAG